UUCAACUUUGAGUACCAGAUACUCCUUUCUUGGAGAAAAUUACAGCAACAAAUAUCUGUUUCAUGUUCUUUAAGACUUUAUGCAACUGUUUAGUCACAACAGUGUGUAGGUAGAAGUAAUAUUAGAGAAACAAUCUGCCAAAGCUAUGUGCAAAGGAUAUACUGUGAUGUAGUACUUUUUAUUCUAUAAAUAAAAAAUAUGAAGAUUUAUCCAACAACCUACUGCAUGAACAGGGCCUUAAGGUUACAACUUACAAGAUUGUCAUCCAAUUCUACCAGUUGCUAUAACAACAUUAGAGAAACUGACACAUUAUCUGAUAAACACACAGUUAACCUGCAGAACAUUUCUGAAGGGAGUUAUUACAAUCAUCAAAACAGAAGAAGAAUACUAAAGGGACAUUACUCUUGCGGAAGAUAUAUUCAAAGACAACACUGCAGUAGUUUCGUGGAUGGAAACAUUUCAGAUGGUCUCCGUUCUACGCCUCCAUGGAGAAUAUUAUUUUUUGGAACUGAUCAUUUCUCUCUUUUUACCUUAAAAUGUUUAAAUGAGAAUAGAUUGCAAGAUAAUGGCAGUGUUGUUGAAAGUAUAGAAGUUGUAACUGGCAAAGAAAAAAAAUCUGUAAGAUGUUAUGCUGAGCAAGCAGGAUUAGAAGUUCAUAAUUGGCCAAUUGUUGUACAAGAUGGUCAAUAUGACGUUGGAGUUCUGGUGUCAUUCGGCAGCUUGAUUCCAGAAAAAGUUAUAAAUAGCUUUCCAUAUGGUAUAUUAAAUGUUCAUCCAAGUUUACUACCAAGAUGGAGGGGAGCCUCACCACUUGUACAUACCAUAUUAAAUGGAGACAAAGAAACAGGGAUAUCAAUAAUGGAAAUAAGACCCAAACAUUUUGAUACUGGACCUGUGUUGAUACAAGAAAAGUUUCCAGUGCCUCCAGACUGUACAACAAGACAGUUACAUAAUACUUUAGGACCUAUUGGAGGGAAAAUGUUGUUAAAAGGUUUAUACAAUUUACCAACCCUGGAGAGACUAGAAGUUCCCCAGUCUGGAAAGGAAGUUAGCUAUGCACACAAAACCAAACCAGAGAUGACCUAUAUAGACUGGGAAAACCAAACAACAAUGAGUAUUGAUAGACAAUAUAGAGCUUUACAUGAAGAUUUUCCACUGAAAAGUUAUUAUGGCAAAAUUCUUGUCAAGUUAAGAAGUAUGGUUCCUGUGACAGAUCAGAUAGAUGAAAGUAUUUUGUAUCACUAUGGUAACACACACCACAAUCUACCUCCAGGAACACCAUGUUAUGGGAGAAACAGUAAGAUUUGUUGGAUCAAGUGUAAGGAUGGUUGGGUCGGAUUCAGAGAGUUUAUAAUCAAGAAGAAAAUGACAGCCAGUGAUUUUUAUAGUGGUUACCUAAUUAAUGACAUGUAUAAAAACAAUGUGUUCACAAGUCAUAAAAAUCAUUUGAUGGAAGGAGUAUUGGACAAAAAAAUGACUGCUGCUGAUUAAUAUGUAUUGUUUAUACAGAAAACUGUAUUAAAAACAUCUCUUUGUUA